AUGGCCCCCAACAAAGCCUUCCACGGAGCCGGCCAGUCCAGCGUCGGCCAUGCCGCAUUCUACGAAGCCGGCGACCAGCGCAACGAGCCCCAGUCCGUCAUCAACGAGCGCAAGCGCUACAAGGAGGGCAAGGAAGGUAGCAAUGCCGUCAACGAGGCGGACCUGAGCAAGAGUGAUGCCACGAAGCCGGCUCAACUGCACGGAAACAAGCCUUCCAAAGGCGCUGAGAUCGAUCGCGAGCUGCAGAUGGAAGAUGAGCAGCGGCUGCGCGAGAAGGGUAUCAAGAAAUAG